GACCACGGUCUAGGACGGUGUGUGACUGAAGGUGACUUCAGUCUUACGUGAUCUGUGGUGGUGUUAGCUGAAAGAAAGUAGUGCUUACAAAACAUUCCCUAUUCUUUGUUAAGUUUAUCAAAGCAAAAAAGGAGACUGUUCAUUUUGAAGAUCUAUCUUUUCUCCAUAAUGAGACCGAGGAAACCUCAAGUGGGAUAUUCGUUAAAUUCUAAAGGAUACUUUGGUUCAUCUCGGGUCCUUUGUUCCACAGCCGGGCUAUUCCUAUUCCUUUUGAUAAAUAAGAGUUGUUGUGCACAGAAAGAUCUCAACAGUUCUUACAUCUACCAAGAAGACCCAAACUAUUCACAAACAGAAGAUUCCUAUCACGGCGAACUCUGCUGCCCCGACGACCAGUAUUUUGGAGAAGGCCGUUGUAUUUCUUUCAACAAUUCGGAGAAAUUCCAACCUCCAGCUCUCCCUAGUAAUGUGUUGUGGACGUACCAAGGAUUCCAGUGCCCACCGGGAUAUGAUCCCACGCCCAUCGAAUACAAGAACAAUAGUUUAACACUAGACGAAGGCUCAGUCUCACUGAGGUGGCGCAACUUGCUGCGAAAGACAACAAAACAAUUCUGUUUGAGUCUCCUCCCGACAGAUGCUUAUAUUGGCGUUAUUUGCCGUCCAAAUAAUGAGAAGCUGUGCGCAGGCGCAACUUGCAUUCAAAAAUGCUGCGACAUCGGGGAUGCCGUAUCCUUGGACACCGUCGAAUGUUUGCCAGAUGCCGACAGGAAUUUCACCCUGACUUUCCAGUCUGUGAGCGGUCUCAGCGUCCUUCCACCUACAAACCUCCAGCUGCUCCAUCGUAUACCUGACUGCCAACCUCUCGUGCUUUUGGAUCCGGAGAAUAAUGUCCACGAGCACUUCUUCCUGACAGUUGAUGGUUACCUGUACCAGCCUGCUAAAGAGAACACUUUUCACGAAAAUCGAUUCUGUCUGGAUUACUUCACGACUGGAGGAGUUACAGGAGAGCGAAUGAGAGCGUUCGUUUGCACCGGGCCAGGACUGCCGACGGAACCUUCACUGAAGUUCCACUUUUACGCGGCGGGGUUGAUGAUCUCGGCUGUUUCCCUCACGGUGAUUAUUCUCUGCAACAACCUUAUUGCCAAGCUAAGAGCUGUACAGGAUCUUAAUCAGCUCAGCCACAUGAUCGCUCUCCUUGUCGGAGAGAUCGCUCUGUUUACCGGAUACGUGUUCACCAACGAAAUCCACAGCGAUCACUGUGUUAUCAAUAGUAUCAUUGGCCAGUUUGCACUUUUGUCAGCGUUUUUCUGGCUCAACGUUAUGUGCUUUGACAUUCAUCAGUACGUCAGGGCGACCCUGAAACUCAUUCCAAGAAGUACAAUACAAGGGCGACGAGGACUGAGGUUCAAGUGUUAUUCUGCCUACGCCUGGGGAAUACCUUUCCUUAUCACGUUGGCGACAACUAUACUUCAUUAUUUCCCAGACUAUCCCGACCACAUCAUCCUAAGACCGGGUUUCGGGGUGAAGAGCUGCUGGUUUUAUGGUGACAUUGAACGACUUACUUUCUUCUACGUCUGGGUUGGCGUUCUGUUCAUCGGGAAUAUUUUCCUGCUGGCACACACUGCCUAUAUGCUGCACAAGACUGGCGUCACUCUGAGCUGUGGUAGGAAAAAGUCCAUUUUUGAAGACGGGGAAAACCAUGUUAGCAACAGAAGAAAUGUUGAAAGGUUUUGGCAAAGUUUCAAUUUAUUUGCAUUAAUGGCACUCUGCUGGGUCACUGAAAUUCUCUCAUGGAAAAUACCCCCAGAACCAUUGUGGAUCCCGACGGACAUCAUCAACACUCUUCAGGGUUUCUUCAUCUUCCUCUUUUUCCUGAGACUCAAAACAAAGAGAGAUAUUGUGAAAGAGGCCAUUUUGAGUUUCUCAGAAAAGGCGCGGAAACUCUCUCGAUCAGAGGGAAACAGUAACACGUUUUGGCACUGCAAUAGAUCCUUAACUGUCGUUACCGACUUUGAGAGACAUCAUACUGAGUUUGCUAAGGAUUCUAGCGACCAGCAGUUGUAGUCAAACGACUUUGUACAAGCUAAGACUAAGAAUUAGACUUGACGAGCAACACUUAUUAGUGUAAGAUUAUACCCAUUAUUUAAGUGAAGACAGACACUUAACUGUAAGAAAAUCUUCAGUCUGAUGACCAAAAGUUUAACGUAAAAUUAAACGCAACCGAAAUAAUACAAGUUCUGGGUAAAAUUAGCUUGGUAGACAGCAAAAUAAGCAGCAACUAAACCAGAUGCUCGGAAGAAUGAAUUAAAAAUGCCGUUGACGAAUGACACUUACUACAUGUCAAACUAAAUCUUACUGUCAGCAGUUAUAGAUAAAACAGAACCUGAUGCCAAACAGGCUUUGGUAAAUUAGCGAGUUCUUUACGCAAAUCUGUUUUCCAGGUGAUUACUAUAAAUAGCUAUAAGUAGUACAGUAUUUGAUUUAACGGGUAUUUAACUGCAUUAAGUUUUUAGUUUUUCUUUAUUCAAGACUCACGCUUACUAAAGUAAACUGCUGUUUUACUUCCCUUUUCUCGCUGAACUCAUUAUAUUCUAAUAAGUUAGUAUUCUCAUGAUCCUGAAGAAAGUCAGGUCAUUGACAACCCAACUUCAUAACGAAGUCAAUCGACCAUUCAAACUAUUUUCCAAAUAUAAAAUAUUGCUUAAAUGUCACUAAAUAGCACGUGACAAUAUAUUAAGCCAAGGCCACAGGAUAAAUAAAAAAAAGGCGU